AGGCUGGCUUCAAACCGCGAUCUCUGUCUCUGAGUAGCUAGGAUUACAGUCGUGAGCCACCAGCGCCCGGUUUGCAGAGACCUUUUUACUCUGCCCUAGACUAGAUCUGAGUCCGUUCUGAGCCCUUGAGGUAUUGUCUCUUCUACAUCUCCAAAGGCUGAGGCACACUUUAGAAAUGCUGCCCAGCCUCAAGAGCUCAGACUCCUCUGCCCUGACUUCCACAGCCCCAGAUGAGCCCUGCCCUGUCUGUCCACAGGGCGGACACGCAGCCACCGGCCUCAGCCAGCACGAAUGUGGUCGUGCGGCACGACGGCGCGGUGCGCUGGGACGCUCCGGCCAUCACGCGCAGCUCCUGCCGCGUGGACGUGUCAGCCUUCCCGUUCGACGCGCAGCGCUGCGGCCUGACGUUCGGCUCGUGGACGCACGGCGGGCACCAGCUGGACGUGCGGCCGCGCGGCGCCUCCGCCAGCCUGGCGGACUUCGUGGAGAACGUGGAGUGGCGCGUGCUGGGCAUGCCGGCGCGACGGCGCGUGCUCACCUACGGCUGCUGCUCGGAACCCUACCCGGAUGUCACGUUCACCCUGCUGCUCCGCCGCCGCGCCGCCGCCUACGUGUGCAACCUGCUGCUGCCCUGCGUGCUCAUCUCGCUGCUCGCGCCGCUCGCCUUCCACCUGCCAGCUGACUCCGGCGAGAAGGUGUCGCUCGGCGUCACCGUGCUGCUGGCCCUCACCGUCUUCCAGCUGAUCCUGGCGGAGAGCAUGCCGCCGGCCGAGAGCGUGCCACUCAUCGGAAAGUACUACAUGGCCACUAUGACCAUGGUCACGUUCUCGACAGCACUCACCAUCCUUAUCAUGAAUCUGCAUUACUGUGGUCCCAGUGCCCGCCCAGUGCCUGCAUGGGCUCGGGCCCUCCUGUUGGGACACCUGGCAAGGGGCCUGUGUGUUCGGGAACGAGGGGAACCUUGUGGGCAGUCCAGGCCACCCAAGUCAUCCCCCAGCCCCCUUCCUCUUACUGGUCCCCCAGCAGGCCCUUGCCGUGAGCCAUGGUGUCUGUGCCACCAGGAAGCCCUCCUACACCAUGUAGCCACCAUUGUCAGCACCUUCCGCAGUCACCGGGCAGCCCAGCGCCGCCAUGAGGACUGGAAGCGCCUAGCUCGUGUGAUGGACCGCUUUUUCUUGGGUGUCUUCUUCUCCAUGACCCUGGUUAUGAGCCUCCUGGUACUGAUACAGGCCCUGUGAGGGACUACGAUUGGGUCGCUGGCACCUGCUGCAGCCACAGUACCUCCAGGCAGGGAUGGUAAAGGCCAGGUGGUUGUUGGUCCUCAGGUAGGCCAGCCAGUCUCUCCCAGCUGCUACUAAGAGUGGGACACUCUCUCUAGUCUCUUCAUGAUUGGCACUACUGACUUCACAGUCCAGGAGGAGCCUUUAUUCUCUACCUAUCCUAACUAAGGAAGAUCCAGAGCCUGCCACUCCCCUCACUCCUAAAGAGGAAGAACUCUAAGAAGGAUCAAAAUCAAAGAAAGGUUUGGAGGGCAAGAUCAACG